UCGCUGUUUCACAUUUUUCUGACUCUCAAAAUGCUAAUCUUUCGCUGAUGACGCAAAAAGAACAACCGUAGUGGCGCUCUAACGACAUCCCGGUUAGACACCUGCAGCUUCAAUCAUGAAGGCCGAAUCGACGCCCAAGUCGUCCAAUACUAUAUCGGAUUCUCGAUCGGUAUAUUCGUCCUCUCCGCUGGCCCGGAAUGUCUCGGAUGCCGAAGCCGUAGAGCUCAGUGAGCUUGAGCACGAAGAUGAGGCCAGACUUUGGCGCGGACCCGGCGAAAUCCAAAACGAAUACCAAAAGAUUGAUGAGAUCGAUGCGGCCGAUGGAACCGCCGGAACUGAAAGGCCUCGCGUAAUGCGCAAAAGCAUGAAGAGUGCCAUCAACGACUGGUGGUUCACAGAAUUCUGCGCCUGGACCAUAAGUGCUACUGCUCUUGCUGUAGUCAUCGGUACGAUCGGUGUUGCGGACGGCAACCUGCUGCAUGACUUGCCAAUCAAAAUCACCCUCAAUUCUUUCAUUGCCUUCAUGACUACAAUCAUGAAAGCUACAGUCCUCAUCCCGGUUGCCGAGGGCAUUUCCCAGCUGAAAUGGUUGCGGUUCCAGGAGUCUGGUAUCCUCAGCGACAUUCAGACGUUUGACGAAGCAAGUCGAGGAUUAUGGGGAAGCUUGAAACUUCUCUUUACGACGAGGGGCAUACAUCUUGCAAAGCUUGGUGCAUUCCUCGCCAUUGCUGGAGUGGCGGUGGAACCGUUCACUCAGCAAGCAGUUACCUAUCCUCGCCGAUCUGUUCCUAUGGAAGAUUACAACUCCACUGUUACUGUCGCACACUGCUACAAUAGCUAUGAGAAGAGCCAUGGGAGUGCGUCGGAUUAUCCAUCACUAUCAAUGAAAUCUGCGAUCGUCGCCGGCUUGUACGACAUGGAACGCGAUCCGAGAUACAGCUUUCAAGUCACUGCAACUUGCCCAACAAGUAAUUGCACCUGGGACCAGCCGUAUCGCAGCUUGGCUGUGUGCUCCAAGUGUGCAGAUGUGACUUCAAACUUAAGAAAGACAUGCGACACCUACGCUGGCUACGCGCCGAUUUGCAGUUACAAUUUACCUAGUGGCUUUCGAUUGGACGGUUCGAAGUUUGGAAAUGCUUACAUGUUCGGCACUGGACUAGAGGAUACGAUCAACUUCAACAAUACGCAACCCACCAUUUCCUCCAUUACAACGAUUCGAGGCCAUCGCGAUCAGCACUACAAUCUGACCGGGGCCGAGGCGAAUGAAUGCGUGUUAUAUUUCUGUGUGCAAGAAUACCUUGCAAAAAGUGAAUCUGGCAACUACACAGAAGAUGUUACCGCGACUUACAUUCCAGACCAGGUACCUGUUCUCGGAGACGAUGUUGUUAUCAAGCCGCCAGGAAAUGACAUGGAAUAUACUGUUGAUGCGUCCACAUGGAAAGCACUCAGAGCGUAUUUCAACACUUUCUGGGACGGUAAUGUCGCUGGCGAUCAGGGAAGGGCGGUUUCUGAAAACGAAGCUCUCCUGACCUUGUACCAACUGGAUGAUGGUGGGACCGGAUUGGGCACAUCGCAGCCCGGCGCUGAAAACGAGACCAUCGGACUGAUAGCAAAGAGCAUGACUAAGGCGAUUCGGACCCAGCGUCCGGUACAUAUAAGCGCCUACACCAAGACCAGCCCGUGUAUUUCCAAAGCCUCGGGCAUAAUUCUCGGCCUCGAAGCGUACGUCCAUGUACGCUGGCAUUGGAUGAUCUUGCCAAUCAUGCUUGAACUGCUAGCAUUGGCCUUUCUCAUCUCAACUGUCAUCAAAAGCAAGGAUAGCGGCGUGUCCAUCUGGAAAAGCUCGACUCUGCCUUUGCUGCACGUUCGGCUCGUGGAUGAUUCAAACCAAGCUAGUGUUGAUGAUCAGAAUCAAGCUAGGCUUGACAACAGAAACCAAGCAAAGCUCUUGUCGGGCGAUGUCACGACCCGCGGGAGUGGCAAGCUGACCGAUUUGAACAAGUGGGCUAUGAACUCCCAGGUACGGCUUCAGAGAAGCAAUAGCGGGCAUAGCGAGUUUCAUGUUCAGGACAGAAGGAAAACUAUGAUUGAUUCGCGUGUUUGAGGCUGGAAGAAAAUUUAGACACCCUAAUUUUUAAUGGAGAGUCAAGCUUACUGGAAUAAGCUUG